UGGACUUGUCUGCUUCUCUUCUCUCUCUCUGAUCGUUCUUGCAUUUUUCACGUUUCUUGUUUCAAUAAUGGACAAGUCAAUUUUUUAAGAUUAUAUGAAUCUGAAUACAGAAAAAUAACAUUAUCUAUCAAACAUUACCUAUCCCAUCCUCAUAUGCUUUCUCUAUAAAUUGAUUUUGGGUGUGCUUUCUUUGGUAAAACCCAGAAAUGAAAGAGAGGUUUCAGUUGCUAAAGAUCAAAAUGAGUGGGGUUUUGGUGAUGUUAUUAUGGUUGGCAAACAUAGGAAUAGCUUGGGGUCAUAUCAAUGGAUAUGAGGACCAGCCACUUUCCAAGAUUGCCAUCCACAAAGCCACUCUUGCCCUACGUGACUCUGCCACCCUUAGAGCUCGCCCUUCUACGAUUGGGUUACAGGGUGCAGAUAGUGAUUGGGUAACUGUGGUUCUGAAAAAUAGUGAACCCGCUACUGAUGAUUGGAUCGGUGUGUUUUCUCCAGGAAACUUCAAUUUAUCGCUUUGUCCACCGGUAAACAACGACUUAGACGCAGAACAACCAUAUAUUUGCUCUGCUCCAGUCAAGUUCAAGCAUGCAAACUAUUCCAACCCAGAUUACGCAAGCACAGGCAGAGCCACUCUGAAGUUCCAACUGAUUAAUCAGCGCUCUGAUUUUUCAUUUGCAUUAUUUUCAGGGGGCUUGUCAAAUCCAAAACUGGUGGCAAUUUCAAACUUCGUGUCAUUUGUGAAUCCAAAAGCACCUGUUUAUCCACGCCUUGCUCAAGGGAAGUCUUGGGAUGAAAUGACAGUAACCUGGACAAGUGGCUAUAGCAUAGAUGAUGCUGUUCCAUUUGUUGAAUGGGGUGUGAAGGGUGAAAGUCUAACACGAUCUGCUGCAGCAACAUUGACGUUUGAUCGAAGCAGCAUGUGUGGUGCACCAGCAUGGACAGUUGGCUGGAGAGAUCCUGGUUUCAUACACACUAGUUCCUUAAAAGAAUUGUGGCCUAACACUGAGUAUGUUUACAGGUUGGGUCAUUAUUUACCGGAUGGUUCAUUUGUCUGGAGUAAAUUCUAUUCCUUCAAGGGAUCCCCAAAUCCUGGACAGGACUCGCUACAGCGUGUUAUAGUAUUUGGUGACAUGGGGAAGGCAGAGCGUGAUGGUUCAAAUGAUUAUAGUGAUUAUCAGCCAGGUUCCCUAAACACUACCGACCAACUAAUCAAAGACUUGAAAAACUAUGACAUAGUUUUCCAUAUAGGAGAUAUAUCAUAUGCAAAUGGAUAUAUCUCUCAGUGGGACCAAUUCACUUCCCAAGUGGAGGCCAUUUCAUCAACCAAACCUUAUAUGAUUGCAAGUGGUAACCAUGAACGUGAUUGGCCAAAUUCGGGUUCCUACUAUGAUGGUAUGGAUUCAGGUGGGGAAUGUGGUGUGCUGGCUGAGACCAUGUACUAUGUUCCAGCUGAGAACCAAGCUAAGUUUUGGUACUCCACAGAUUAUGGUAUGUUCCAUUUCUGCAUAGCAGAUAGUGAACAUGACUGGAGGGAGGGAACAGAGCAGUACCAGUUCAUUGAGAAGUGCCUUGCAUCAGCAAAUAGACGGAAACAACCCUGGUUGAUCUUCGCAGCUCAUCGUGUCCUCGGCUAUUCCUCUGAUUACUGGUAUGCCCAGACUGACUAUCAAGAGCCCAUGGGAAGGGAAAGCUUGGAGAAGCUUUGGAAAAAAUACAAAGUUGAUAUAGCAUUUUUUGGCCAUGCACAUAACUAUGAAAGGUCAUGUCCCGUAUACCAGAAAGAAUGCGCAAGUAAAGAAAAGCAUCGUUACUCUGGCACUGUGAAUGGAACAAUCCAUGUUAUUGUUGGUGGGGGAGGGAGUCACUUAUCGAAGUUCAGCGAAACGCAACCCCAUUGGAGUAUUUACAGAGAUUAUGACUUUGGAUUUGUAAAAAUGACAGCAUUCAAUCACUCAUCUCUCCUGUUGGAGUACAAGAAGAGCAGUGAUGGUGAGGUCUAUGACUCUUUCACCAUUUCAAGGGAAUACAAAGAUGUCUUGGCUUGUGUGCUUCAUAGUUGUGAACCAACCACCAAUACCACAAUCUAAAUUAUGAAGUUCAAAAGAUUUUGAAAGGCUAACUAUGUAUGAUGUGUAUCAAGAGAAAGUUGGUCCUUUUCAUUUGGAUCCAAAUUUGGAGAUAAAAUUAAGUUAUUCUCAGAAUAAUAAAAAGUUGGUAAGUUGACCA